CUCUCUCACUAAACAACUCUCCUUUCUCCUUCAAACUCUCUCCUCACUCCCUCACUCUCAUCAACAAAUUAAACACUAAAACUAAAACAAUAAUGGCGGCAAGGAGAUCUUCUAAGCUAACACAAACAGCAAUGCUAAAGCAAAUCCUAAAGAGAUGCUCGAGCUUAGGCAAGAAACAAUGCUACGACGAGGAAGGUCUCCCUCUUGACGUACCAAAAGGACAUUUUCCGGUUUACGUAGGCGAAAAGCGUACGAGGUACAUCGUACCAAUCACCUUCCUGUCUCAUCCCGAAUUUCUGAUCCUACUUCAACAAGCAGAGGAAGAGUUCGGUUUCCACCACAUGGGAGGACUCACUAUCCCUUGUGAAGAAGUCGUUUUUCUCUCCCUAACAUCCAUGAUCCGAUGAGAUUGGAGAGAGUUUACAAUAUGAUGAGAACUAAGAUUUUCUUCUUCUUCUUCUUUUGCCUUUGGAUAAAGAUUUGCUAUCCAAAUGGUUUUUUUUUCUGGACUAAAAACCUGUAAGAUCCACCUAUAGAAGAUCAUUCUCUACACGGAUCAUGUAAAUAUGGGGUUUUUUAGUUCGUUAGUUCGCCCUAAAUGGGGUUCGUAUUCGAUAGAAUAUUGAUGUUUUUUUAUGAAGUGGUGGCUUGUUUUUUUUGUUUCAUCUAAAAAAGUUCAGAGGUGUAAUGAGACUUUUUUAAUAAAAACUUGCUAUCUCGCUUAAUAUGUAAUUAAGCAAACAACACAAAAGGGUGAUAUGAAAUAUAUACUGGUACUCAUCUAUCAUUUAUUAAUUAUAUAUUUUAUAUAAAUCCGA